AUGGUGUUGAAGAUGCAGCUGCUGAAUGAGAAGAGGCAGCAGAUUCUACUGACUGCCCCUGGAGGAUGCGGAAAGACCACACUGGUGAAAAUGCUUGGUCAUGACCAGGAAAUAAAGUAUGUGGAUCUUAGUAAACUGUUAGAAUUCCGUCUUAAGAAGUUUAUGUUUGAUAUUCCAAAUUACAAUAUUCUGGUGACCUCAAGAACUGCACUUCCAGGAUUUAGCUUUACAUAUUACUUAAAUCCGUUAAAUGAUGACCAUGCAACGAUGCUGCUUCAUCAUUCAGCAUCUCUGCAACAUGAGAGUUCUAACAUUCCUGUUGAAGCCAUCAACAAGAUAGUGAGAGGUUGUGGUGGGUUCCCACUGGCGCUCGAAGUGAUUGGUAGAUUACUCGAUGAGAACCCUGUUGAGGCCUGGUGCAGUAUAGCUAAGAAUUGGUCUAAUAGUCAUUAUAUUUUCAAUUCUAGUUCUGAUUUGCUUGAUUGUCUUCGAAAAAGCCUAGAAUUUUCAGAUCACAAGGUCAUCUUCAAAGAACGUUUCAUGGAUCUAGAAUUACAUAAACUAGAUGAAGUUGGCAACAAUGCCAUUCACAAUUUACAUAAAAUCACCACCCGGAAUCUGGCUAAUCUUGUGAGGAAAAGGAAAGAUGCAGGUGAGAUCAACAAAUAUUACAAUGAAGACUAUGUCACACAACAUGAUCUUCUUAGAGAGCUAGCUAUAUUUGAAAGCUGCCAAGGGCCAAAAAGACAAAGGCAAAGAUUGAUUAUGGACAUAAGUAGAAACACUCUACCAAGUUGGUGCACAAAACAGGCUCAGCAACCCAUCAAUGCCCGCUUGUUAUUAAUCUUAACUGAUGAAUCAUUCUCGUCAACUUGGUGCAACAUUCAAGCACCCAAAGUUGAGGUUCUAGUUCUGAACUUCCAAACAAAUAAUUACAGCUUACCUGCGUUUGUGGAUAAAAUGGAUAAUCUCAAGAGAGAAAUGGCAUCUGGGGAUGAUGGCACUGAGAGAUGGUGCGUGGUGAUAGGAGGUCGUGGUUUUGCUGCUCGUCAUUUGGUUGAAAAGCUCAUCUCAUAUAACAUGUUCCUCGUCCGAAUUGCAGAUAUGGGUCCCACCAUUAACCUUGACCCUCAUGAGGAGAAUGGAACUCUCAGCCAAGCCUUGCGCUCUGCUCAAGCUGUUUAUGUUUCCAUGGAUCUUUGA